AUGUCUUCGAAGGGUAAAUUAACAUAUAAGGAAAAGUCGUCUAUUCACUAUGUGCAGUCUGCUGAGCCAAAAUUUAUCCAACAACUAAAGCAACAACUUGGUUACAAAGCUCCAGCAACAAUCGAAGAUAAGGUGAUUUUCUUAAGUCAUCCGGUAUUUAUGCACCUGGUAUCAUAUAUCCAGCGACAAAAGAUAGAAGAAGGUAAAAUAAUUUUUAAAAAACCAUUGAAAAGGGCAAAAAAUGAUGAUAGGAAGCAAGGUGUGGAACAGAAGAAGCUGAAAGGAAAUGUCGAUAAAGAAGCUGUUGAUUCAAGAUUGCUUUCUUUCGGAGAUGAUGAGGAAGAUGGUUGA